GGAGAUUCAACGUCAGGCGAAUGUAUCAUGGGCAGCAGGAAAGAAGGAGCUCUUCGACGAUGGAGGUCUUACUUUGGCAGUCCUUGGGUGUGGUAACAUGGGCAUUGCGAUCCUAGCAGGAAUCAUGGAUGCUUUGAACAAUACCUCAUCUGCUCAAGACGAAGCAACGCCUGACAAACUCCCGACGAAGUUCAAUGCUUGUGUACGGUCAAGUAAGAGCGCGCACCGGGUGCAGAGAGAGCUUGAAAAGUACAACGGGAAGCUCAGGAUUUUCGAGAAAGACAACCUUCGUGCUGUGCAGCAAGCAGAUAUUGUGGUACUUGGAUGCACGCCUGACCUGUACCGCGACGUCCUUCGCGAGGAGGGACUGAAAGAGGCGCUGGCCGGUAAAUUGCUCAUUAGCAUUAUGGCUGGAGUUAAAGAGCAGCAGAUACACGAUGCACUUUAUCCCGAGGGUUCGCAAGAGAUAAACAAGUGCAGCAUUGUCCUCGCCAUGCCCAAUCCUGCCGCUGCCAUCAGAGAGUCCCUGACCGUCAUCGCCAUACCAGACUCUCCUCUGCCAGCUGAAACGCAGGCAUUGAUUGACUGGAUUUUCACCAGAAUUGGCAAGAUCGUCUAUCUUCCCGCUUCGAAAAUGUCCGUAGCUACAGCAUUGUGUGGCUCCGGGACUGCCUUCGCAAUGACCAUGGCCGAGUCCAUGGCCGCAGGAGCUAUCGCCAUGGGCUGCCCAGUUGAGGAAGCAUAUACCAUGGCAGCUCAGGCCAUGCGUGGUGCCGCUGGCUUGCUUCUGAGAGGCGGGCAUCCUGCUGUUCUCCGCGAUAGUGCUACAACGCCUGGAGGCUGCACGGUCGCAGGAUUGAUGGUGCUGGAGGAGGGGGCAUUUCGCGGGACGGUCGCAAAAGCUAUUAAGGAGUCGGCCCAGGUCGCGGCCCAGCUUGGGCAGGACAAGUGA